CCGUGUCCCUUGCAUCGGCAGGCGGACUCUCAACCACUGCGCCACCAGGGAAGCCCCUGUAACUUACAUUUGAUGGAUAAGAAAACUAAACUGAGACUCAGAAAGACCAAAUGACUUGUCCUGAGUCAUAUUAGCAGAGGCUGUGGAAUGCACAUCCUUCCAAGCCUCAGUUUGCUCUUCUGGAGAAUGGGAGUGGUGGUAACACCUCGCUCAAGGAUGUUGUGAAGCUAUAGAAGUUAAAGUCCAUAACACACUGGGCACAGGGCCUGGGGCAAGCGUUAUUAUUACUCUCAUUUUAUAUCCUGUCUCCAUCACCACAGCCAUACCACCCCCUCUCUUCCCUGCCAGCUGACAGGGUGGGAGUGGGCUCUCCUAGCUCCCACAGUUAGGAAGGGCUGGCAGAGAACUCUAGCCUCAGCACCCUAUUUUCCUGCCCCACGGCAGGUCUUCUAGGACCUGAAGGUUGCUACGAUGGUUAAUCUUAUGUAUCACCUUGGCUAGGCUAUCGUGACCAGUUGUUCAGUUAAACACUAGUCUGAUGUUGCUGUGUAGGUAUUUUUUUUAGAUGCGAUUAACAUUUAAAUCGGUGGACUUUUAUUAAAGCAGAUUACCCUCCGUUAUGUGGGUGGGCCACAUCCAAUCAAAGGCCUUAAAAGCAAAGACUAAGGUUUCUCCCAGAAGAAGGAAUUCAGCCCCAAGACUGCAACAUAGAAACCUUGCCUAGUUUCCAACCUGCUUGUCUUGCCCUGUGGAUUUCGGACUGAAGACUGCAGUGUCAACUCUAACCUGAAUUUGCAGCCUUCAGUUUUGCCCCGCAGAUUUCAGACUUGUCUUCUCCAACAAGCUCAUGAGUCGGUUCCUUAAAAGAAAUCUCUCUCUAUAUAUGUAGAUAUCCUAUUGGUUCUGUUUUCUCUGGAGAACCCUAAUACAGUUGCCAUUUGUCUUCCUGGAUCUUUCUCAUCUGGGAGAUGGGGUGAAGGAGGCAACUUAGAUCUGGAUGCGUUCAAGGCAUCUUCUGACCCUGUAAGUUCAGUAAAUGCAGCCAUCAGGGCCAGUGGGGACCAGGCAUCUGGUUAGCCGAGGGUUCCAGUUACCAGAGUGUCACCAUCUAGACCAGAGGCUGCAAACUCAGACGUCUGCCGAGACCUCGCGGGAACUCAGCGUGUGAAGUUGGCAGGGCUUGUAUGGGGACCAAGCAUGACAUCUGCCUAAUUAGGCCAAGAGCGGGCUAAACCAGAGCCAUCCCUGGGGUAUGGUCAGCCACUGGUGGGCCGUGUAGCAGCCUCCCGCCUAGGAGCUUGGUGUUCAAAGUGUGGUCUCAGAUGGGCCGCCUCAGCGGCGCCAGGAAGCUUGUUCGAAAUGCAGACUCUCGGGUCCUCCCCCAGACCUGCUGCGUCAGAAUCUGCCUCACCUACCCACCCCUCUGGGAUUUGUGUGUUACGAGGAGGGCUUGUUAAAGCACAGAUGCCAUUCUGGGGACUCUGAGCAGGUCUGUUUGGGGCCCAGGAACCUGCCUUUCUAACAAGCUCCCAGGAGAUGCUGAGGAGGCCCAUCCGGGAACCACCCUUGGAGCGGAGAGAGCCUGAGGCAACCCCAGGAUCCUCUGUUGUCACCGAUUAGACCCCACUGAGCAGGAUUUGCUGCAUGAUGAAGAACCAGGAGCCCUCAGCCCAGGAGAGUAGCACCUUGAAGGGUGUGUGGGUGUGGGGUCUGAGUCUGUUAUUCCCCCCCUGGCCCCCUAUCUACCACCUUGGUCUCCCUUGGCAUCUCUGAGCUGUGUCUUCCAGCUGAGAAAGGGAGCCUAGAACCAUAUCCUCAACGAGUUUUCACUCCUGGUCCCCUUUACAUACACCAUAAACUUCACACACCUCUCCCCCUGCCCCCAGUCAUCAAGAAUCGCUGAUAAUAGCACAAGCUGCAUAGUGUCGUUCUAAGUGCUUUACCUCAUUUAAUCCUGGACGUCAAUACCUGAUGAAAGCACUUUUGCUGUUCCUGUUUUUAUAGAAGGGGAACAAAGACCAGAGAGGUUAAGUAACUUGCCUGAGAUCACACAGCAGGUAAAUGACAGAACCAGGGAUUCAAGCCCAGCAGUCUGAGUCCAGAGUCAGUGCUCUUACCCUCAGCACAGUACCGACCAGAGGACCGCACCCCUGUCCUCGUAACUGCUGCCAACAAGACUGUAGAGCAUUACUUGCUGCAGGUGGCACUGAAAACAGAAUUUCAUUUUUCAGAUAUCUGGUUGAGCAUGCUUUUUCAGGGGGCACAGGAUGCCCCCCAGUUCUGACAGGCCAUCCCGCUGUUGCACUUGCCCCUGCAGUGGGGGGCACCUCGGCCCUGCCCCUCCCAUCUCCCUUUUCCCCAUCUGGGUCUCCAGGUCUCUACCUCAGCUGCUGCCUCCCCUGCCCCCUACCGGCUCUCUCCCUGCACCUGCCUCUCUUGGUGUCUCCUGUCACUGCCCGUCUCUGAACUGGGGCCCCUGCAGGCCACCUUGGCGUCUCUUCUCCACAGUGGGUGGGAUGCACAGCCGGGCUCCUGGGUCCUGAGCUGCUGGGGCCAGUGAUGGGCGGGGAAGUUGGAGUAGGGCAGCCCUAGCUCUUAGCCUCAGCACCAUUCUUCCCUGGCCUAACCACUGCCCCCUUCUUGGGCCUUGGUUUCCACCUCUGUGAAAUGGGACAUGAACCCCUCUAGUGCUGGCCUCUUGGAGCAGUUAUGAUGGUUCCUGGACUGAGAAGGGGCUUUAUGAUCCCUCAAGUGCUGUGUGUAGCCGGGAGGUGGUUGUGAUUCCUCUGGGGCUGCAGAUUAAAGAGCCUGCCUGAGGGGCUCCCUUCCUCAUUCAUUUGCCACAGUGUAGGUGCUGCUCUAGGUGCUGGGGAAACAGUGAUCCCUCCCUUGUGGAACUUAUAUUCCAGACAGUACACAAGGCAAAUAGACAAAUUAGUAAAAAUGGUUGUAGAUUGCAUUGAUCUGUGAAGGAACCAGUGUGGGGCUGAGAUUAGCUUGGGUGACCAAGGAAGGCUUCUGAGGAGGUGACGUGAAGCUGACAACUAAGACCUGUCAUGUGAUGGGACUUCCCUGGUGGUUCAGUGGUUAAGAAUCUGCCUUCCAGUGCAGGGGACACGGGUUCGAUCCCUGGUCGGGGAGCUAAGAUCCCACAUGACGUGGGGAAAGUAAGCCCGCGUGCCGCGACGAAAGAUCCUGCAUGCUGUAACCAAGACCUGACACAGCCAAAUAAAUCAAUUAAAAAAAAAAAAAAGACCUGCCACGUGAAGAAAAGCAUUUCUGGCAGGGGAAAGAGCAAGUGCAAAGGCCCUGAGGCAGGAGAGAGAUUAGCAUAUUUGCAGAGCAGAAGGAGGCCAGUGCAGCUGGGGCACAGGGAGUGAUGGAGAGUGUGGCAUAAGGUGGGGUCAGGUCAGGCCCUGUUGGCCUGGGGAGGAUUUGGAUUGUGUGACAAGGAAGGGCAGCCACUGGGAGAUUUUCCGGAAGAGCUGUGGUAGCACCUGAUUUGCAUGUUUAAAGACUCCCUCUGGCUCUGGCGGGGCAUGGAAAAGAGAGAGUCUGGGGGCUGGGGUUGCUCAGGGAGACCUGACAUGGGCCAGGGAAGUGGAAGCGGGGAGAUGGGGACGAUGCUGGACGCAUUUUGGCGGUGGAACCGACAGCAGUAGUAGGAUAUGGGGGGUGAAGGAAAGAGAGAGGUCAAGGAGGAUGGGUUCCUAGGUUUCUGGCUAAAACUGGAAUGUUCUAGACCUGUGACUCAGCAUCAGAGUCUCCAAACCCUGUUCUUCUGCCUAAAGGGUAAGAUGUCUUAGGAGCCGGGCCAGCGGACCCUGUGGGAGCUUAAGCCUCAGUCUUGUUCAUUGUUGAAGCCCGAGAGUGCUCAAGGAAUGUUUGCUGAAUGAAUGAAUGGGAAUUCCCAAGCCCUGCCCGCUCUUUGCCUCAGUUAACCCAUCUGUAAAAGGGACUGCUAGUUUUGUAUCCCCGCCUUCCAAUUCCUUCCCCGGGGCUCUGGUCACCCCAGAAGGCCUGUGUCCAUCUGGGCCAGGGGUCAGGACCAUCCACGAGCAGGCCCUAGCUCCCCAGGCCCCCUCUCCAGCCUGAAACCUCAAAUUACCUGUACUGCGGUGAUGCACCAGGGAGGUUUCCAUCUUGCCUAGAUGCGCAUGGCAGGCCCAACCCUCCCUUAAUGACACCUUGCCUGCCAGCCCUCCUGCUGGAGUAGGAGGGGAGGGGGCCCGGCCCAGCCUAAGCCGUGGUUUCUUUUUCCAUUGCGUCAGGCCUCAGGGUCUGGCCUGCCCGCCCGCUGCCGGCUGGCACAGAGGGGCCCACUCUGACCCCCACCUGCCCCAGCUCCAGACAUCAUGUGCUCCCCGUUUUGGGGAUCCAGAAGCUUCCAAGCAGAGGGUGAGUUGGGGAUGGGGACCUGCCCCUAGCUGGGGGAGGAGUGCCCCCUUCCCCCGCCCACUCAUCACUCACUCUCUCUGGGGCCUGCAAGCUGAUCCAGGUGGGGCCACAGUGGGCUCUGAGGAGCCCCACCCAGCCCGACUGUCCCCUGGACCUGGCCCUCCUGGCCACACCCUCAGCCAGGCUGGAGCCAGUGAGGGGUAGGAGGAAGUGCAGUAACCUAGGCGAGGGAUGAUGGUAGCUCAGACCAGGGGGAGGGUGGGGGAGAAGUGGCCCCAGAGUGUCCAUACAAGCGCUUGCCUUUGCAUCUGUUAGCCUGCGGGCAUGUGUGUGCGUGCGUAUGGGUGUGACGUGCAUAAGGAAAUGUGUGAACCUGGGUGUGUGUACCUGAUACCCCUGAGGUACGGGAUGAAAACAGAGGUCUCUGACUUGGCAGUAUGGGGGGGUGGUGGCCCAAAUGGCAUCUAGCAUGUCAUGAAGGGGGCCUGUGAGGUGGAGAGGGGUGGGUGAGCUGGAAUCCACCCCAUUAGUGACGAUGGGAGAGACAGGGGUGCGGGCAGUGUAACCCCAGAGGAACUGGUGACCUUGGGGGCGCCGGGGUUUUCUUAGCCUCAGGCUCCCUUUGGCCUGGCUGACUCCCCAGAUGCCCACACCUGGUUCUAGGUCCCCACCAUGCCCAGCAGUCCCCUGGCCCUGGCCAGAAGGCCGUACGUUGGCCUGGGAGUCUGGAAAAUUGGUUCACAGCCUGCCUCUGUUUCCUGACUGUGUGACAUUGUACAGGUGACUUCUGCUCUGAGCCUCACUUUCCUUAUCUGCAAAAUGGGGGUGACUCUUGUGCCCCCCACCCCACCCCAGGUAGUUGUAAGCAUAAACAGGUGUUCUCUCAGCCUCUUUGUGGAUGAGUCCAGCCCCCAAAUACUUACCCACAAAGGCCAGGUUCCAACUCCUUGACUAAUAUCUUAUAUCCCCUGACUGUCGAGUGGGUAACUGGCCCUGCACUGCCCCAGAGGAGGGAGGUGAGAGGAGGCCAUUCCUUCUGAGAGCAUGAACCCACCUGACCAUGCUGACCAGCCCUGACUACAAGCUGAGCACGUCACCCGCAUGAUGUCUCUGAUCCUUAUUCAAAUCUGGCGGGGUAGGUCCUAAAAUUGCCUCACCCUCCAGAGGGGGACACUGAGGCUCGUUCGUUCACUCUAGAGUGUUUACUGAAUGUCUGCCAAGUCCCAAGACCUGUGCCAGAGCUGGGAUCCUGUGGUAAGAAGACUACCCAGCUCCAGCCCUCUAGGACCUCAUGUUCCAGGCUGGCUGAGAGCUGCGGAGGGCAGCCAGGUCCUUCGGGCUCCAGGCUCCCAGAGGGAGCUGGGGCUUUAUUCGGAGAGUGAUGCAAGUCUUGGAGGGCUUUAAGCAGAGAGGUGUCAUGGUCCAAUUUGUGUUUUUCAAAGCUCCCUCUAGUCCCUGUGGGGACUAGGGGUGGUUAGACUAAGGAGAGGCAGCAGGGAGGCUGGCGAGGAGGUGGCUGUGAUCCAAGCGGCAAGGACCGAGCCACAGUGGCAGUGCUGGGCCCGCUCCCUCUCCCUCUGACCCCAGCCCGCUUCCUGAGCGCCAGCCCCUCGCUGGGCACACGCAGCCCCGGUCUGCAGGAGGCCUGCGUGAGCGCGGUCCCCUCUUCCGCUCCAGACACAGCGCCCUGGGCAUACCUGACAGGGAGAGGACCUGGACAGUGACAAAGCCAGUGCUCAGCCUCCUCCCUCCCACCGUCUGUCCCUAGAACAGAACCUCAUUAUAGUCACACGAGCCCAGAGCAUCAGCACAGCACUGCAGUUUGCCUGCAGUAUUUAUUCUUGUCGUGUAAAAACUAGUUUCCAUCGGAGAGGCUGGAGAGCUGCGUGUGUGCCGCAGGGUGGCCGUGCCAGGUCAGGGAGGGAUGAGCAAAUCUGUGACCCGCCGAGGGGAACGGGGAAUAGGGAUGUCCAAAAUGGACAUCUUGCCGGGUGGCUGAUGCUGGAAGGCGGGCCUGGGUGAACUUCAGAUGUGCCAGUGGAAAUAAGAUCUGACCACACCUUGUAGGACUGUGUCAUGAUGUGUCGUUAGCACAUGAGGAAACUGAGGCACAGAGAGCUGAGGAUAAGGACCAACUCAGGCAAGAUCUGAGCGAUAUGGAGCGUUUGUGCGUUUGUUGAUUUAUACACGUACCUUUUUUUUUAAAUCCAACAAAUGUAAACUGAGUGCCUCCUAUGGACCGGUCACUGUGCUUAGGCUGGUGAUACAGGAUGAACAAGACAGAUAAUGAACAAAGUCAAGUUUUGGAUAAGUGACCAGAAGGUAGCUUCCUAGCGGCCAAAGCACUGAGGGAAACCUGAGCAAUUACAAGCUUCGUCAUAGCCGCAAGAUGCCGAUAUGUCAAUUGCUCAGGAGAAGCCCAGGUUUUCCUGGCAAAAUGAUUGGGAUGCCUGUGUCCACUGUGAUUUGUUGCUGAUCUGACAGGGGCAGCUUGGACCUGUGUGUAUCUCACAGGUAAAGACGGACCAAAGCAGAGAAUGACUUUAAAGACAAACUAAACACACCUACCGGAGACUCCUUUUUCACGCAUUUCCUGCAUUCUUUCUCCAAGCUUUUGCCCAUGUCAUCCUCCCCACUGCCACCCCGCCCCACACACACUCCUUUUCUUCCAUCUUUAACCACACCUUGAGGGUCAGUCAGGUGGUGACGCCUCCCCGGGGUGGAGUGGCGCAGCAGAUGUCUGUCCCCUCUCUGACCCCCAAUGCUGUCCCCUCAGACUGCGAGGAGCUGCCGCCGCCGUUGCCGACCCCCAUGGCCUACACGCCGGGUGGAGGUGCCCCAGCACCGGGGGUGGCCCCCGUGGGCUCCCAGUACUGCGUGUGCAAGGUGGAGUUGUCAGUGAGCGGCCAGAACCUGCUGGACCGGGACGUCACCUCUAAGUCCGACCCCUUCUGUGUCCUCUUCACAGAGAAUAAUGGCAGGUGGAGCGAGUAUGACAGGACAGAAACUGCAGUCAACAACCUCAACCCCGCUUUCUCCAAGAAGUUCGUCCUUGACUACCAUUUUGAGGAGGUGCAGAAGCUCAAGUUUGCCCUGUUUGACCAGGACAAGUCCAGCACGCAGCUCGAGGAGCAUGAUUUCCUGGGCCAGUUCUCCUGCAGCCUGGGCACGAUCGUCUCCAGCAAGAAGAUCACUCAGCCUCUGCUGCUGAUGAAUGACAAGCCUGCGGGGAAGGGCUUGAUUACGAUUGCUGCCCAGGAGCUUUCAGACAAUCGGGUCAUCACGCUGAGCCUGGUGGGCAGGAAGCUGGACAAGAAGGACCUCUUUGGGAAGUCAGACCCAUUUCUCGAGUUCUAUAAACCAGGAGGUGAUGGCAAGUGGAUGCUGGUCCACAGGACUGAGGUGAUCAAGUACACUCUGGACCCCGUGUGGAAGCCAUUCACUGUGCCAUUGGUGUCCCUGUGUGAUGGGGACGUGGAGAAGCCCAUUCAGGUUAUGUGCUAUGACUAUGACAACGACGGGGGCCAUGACUUCAUCGGUGAGUUCCAGACCUCGGUGUCACAGAUGUGUGAGGCUCGUGACGGCAUCCCGCGGGAGUUUGAGUGUAUCAACCCCAAGAAGCAGAAGAAGAAGAAGAACUAUAAAAACUCGGGCAUCAUUAUCUUGCGUUCCUGCAAGAUAAACCGGGACUACUCCUUCCUGGACUACAUCCUGGGAGGCUGCCAGCUCAUGUUCACUGUUGGAAUAGACUUCACAGCCUCCAAUGGAAAUCCCCUCGACCCUUCCUCUUUGCACUAUAUCAACCCCAUGGGCACCAAUGAAUAUUUGUCAGCCAUCUGGGCUGUUGGGCAGAUCAUUCAGGACUAUGACAGUGAUAAGAUGUUUCCAGCUCUUGGCUUUGGGGCGCAGUUACCCCCAGACUGGAAGGUCUCCCAUGAGUUUGCCAUCAACUUUAACCCCACCAACCCCUUCUGCUCAGGCGUGGACGGCAUCGCCCAGGCAUAUUCGGCUUGCCUGCCCCACAUCCGCUUCUACGGUCCCACCAAUUUCUCUCCUAUCGUCAACCACGUGGCCCGGUUUGCAGCCCAAGCCACGCAGCAGCAGACAGCCAUGCAAUACUUCAUCCUCCUUAUCAUCACGGACGGUGUCAUCAGCGACAUGGAGGAGACGCGGCACGCCGUGGUGCAGGCCUCCAAGCUGCCCAUGUCCAUCAUCAUCGUGGGCGUGGGUAACGCCGACUUCGCUGCCAUGGAGUUCCUGGACGGGGACAACCGCACGCUGCGCUCCCACACAGGGGAGGAGGCAGCUCGUGAUAUCGUGCAGUUCGUGCCCUUUCGAGAAUUCCGCAACGCUCCUCUACCCUCAGCUCUGUUGACUACGUACCUCCUGAGAGCCUACUACCCGCCCGGCACCAUGCAAGGCCCUGCCCCCAGGCGGCAAAAGAGACCUUGGCGAAAGCUGUGCUGGCAGAGCUGCCCCAACAAGUUGUUCAGUAUUUCAAGCAUAAAAACCUGCCCCCCACCAACUCGGAGCCCGCCUGAGUGCCAGCCCUCACCCAGCAGCAGCAUGCCGGCUGGGCCUCCCGCCCUCCCCAGGAACAUGCACGCUCACCCUGCUUCCUUGUGGGUGGCCUUUUUUUUUUUCUUUUAAACUGAUCCACAUUUUAAUUUUCUACAACUGGACCUCCACACCCCCAACUUCCUGCAGCCCAGCUGGGCUUCCUUUAUUGGAGUCGAUUGAUGAUACUUCCAGGCCACACCGGAUUCCUCUCCUCCUCUCCCCACCCUUGCCACUCUUAAGUAUUGAAUGUACUUUGUAUAAUUUUAGUGGAAUUGUUAUUAAAGAGAAUAAAAUUUUUACAAUCAUAACUGGCUUUUUCCAAGUAACUAGCUGCAGACUCAAAGGAACCUGUCCCCGGUGCAUGCUGUGUGGUAGCCUGCACCUAAUUCCUGCUCUGUUUUUUAAUACUGUGAUCGUGUUCUACUUGUUAUACUCAGGGUAAUAAAGGAGUUUCAGAUGUC